UCACAAACCUGAUCAAAUAGAGAAAGGGCGAGGAGGAGAGACAGAAAAAACACCAUAAUACGAAAAUAAGCAGUUUGAAAUUAUAAGCAUGGAAGAUUUUGAAAUAUCCAUAGAUGAUUUAAAAUUAUGUUCUGCUCCUAUAUAUAUCUGCAGAAUAUGCCAUGAACAAGAAUUUGAAACCUCCAAAAAUUUGGAAACUCCUUGUGCUUGUUCUGGAACUGUCAAGUUCGCACACAGAGACUGCAUACAGAGAUGGUGCAAUGAAAAGGGAAACACAAUUUGUGAAAUUUGUUUACAGAAAUAUGAACCCGGUUACACAGCACCAUCCAAAAAGUCCCAGUUACUUGAUACAGCACUAAUUAUUAGAGGAAGUUCAGAAAUUCCAAGAAGAGAAAGAGAAGAAGAAAAUGGAGGGGAAGGACAAAUGCUUGAAACUGAUGACUACUCCGAAGAAUGCAGCUCAGCUUCACACACAAGUGGAGCUACUUGCUGGAGAUCGGUGGCUCUUAUUUUCACAUUUCUUCUUCUGAUGAGACAUUUGUUGGGUGUGCUCGCUGGAGAAACUGCAGAUUACCCUUUUUCACUUUUUACAUUGCUUAUUGCUAGGGCUAUUGGCAUACUUCUUCCAAUGUACAUACUGCUACAAUUGAUCAACAAAAUUCAAAACAGUUUGAGGCAACAUAAUCAGAGUUCAGAUAACGAGGAAUCGAGCUGUGAUGAUGAAGAUUAUGAAGUUGGACGGCGAAAUAACAUUGAAAUACGACACCAAUAGAGUUAUAUUUUCCAUGGAAAUUAAGUUCUUGGAUUUCUUGGGAGUUGUAGCUUUCUAGCUUUUGUGGGAUAUGGUGGGAAUUGAUUUUUCAAGUAGUUGACUUUUUUUUUUAUUGUAAUGGAAACAAAUUCUAAGAAUUAU